GGAAUGAGAUUUAAAGACACGCACAAGCUCUUACAUAACUGAUCUCUUUUGUGUGGGUAUUUUUUCUGGAAAGUUAUUAGCAAUCUGAUUGUAUUCGUAUGGGUAAAUCAUAUGCUAAGAUGGAUGAGAAGCUGAUAUUAUUUAUAGCUUUAUACUUUGUGGCAGCUGAAGGGCAAACCUUUCAUUUUGGCCAGUGUCCUACUCCACCUGUGCAGGCAGACUUCAAGCUUGAAAAGUAUCUGGGAAAAUGGUAUGAAAUUGAAAAACUGCCUGCACAUUUUGAAAAGGGAGUCUGUAUACAGGCUGAAUACUCCCUUGGAGGAAAUGGGACGAUUAAGGUGUUAAAUCAGGAACUUCUACCUGAUGGCAAAUGGAGCAAAAUAGAAGGGGAAGCCAUUCAAUUUGACUUACAAGUACCAGCAAAACUUGGGGUUAGCUUUAAUUCCUUUAUGCCAUAUGCUCCUUACUGGGUGCUUUCAACUGAUUAUAACGACUAUUCACUAGUGUAUUCCUGUACAAAUGUUCUCUGGGUUUUCUACUUUGAUUUUGCUUGGAUUCUGUCGAGGGAUCGGCAGCUGCCACAGAAAACCAUCGACCAGCUGAAAACCCACCUCACUACAUACAACAUUAAAAUCGAUUACAUGAAGAGUACUAUCCAAAGUGGUUGCCCUGACAAUGCAUGAGAUGCAGAUGUUUUGGAAGUAGUAGUUAGAUAAUAUAUUGCUUGAAAUUUAAAGGCAAAAAAGAUAUUCAGAAUGAAUGGGGAUACUAUAGAUAGGGUCACAUCUUUGUCCUUUUAAUCUAUUUCUAUAGCAAGUAAAGUUGUAUUCUGCAGUGGCCUUUUCAGGCUGUCUGGGAUUAUGAUUGUUUUGUGUAGUAAAAUUCUGCGUAGGGGGAGGAGAAAAAUUAUCCAUUAAUCAGCGUGACUGUAGACUAUAAUAUUUUGCUUCAGAAUGUGAGGUCUGUUGAUAAUAGUUCUGAGGCAGUAUUUGUGAGUCAGAAUUUUCUGAAUGGAUACGCAUUCUAUUUCCUGACAGUCUGUAUGCAUCUAAUUUGUUUCUUAGGCAUACUUUUCAAAGUAUAGCUGAGAAACUAGGUGCUUUAAAUAUUUGGCUUUAGGGUUCAUUGAAAGAUGUUAUUUAUUUCAUGCUUCAUCACUGGUGGUGUUAACUCACAUGCAUAAUUGCAUAUAUACAUUUUUUUUCCAAAUAAAAUGGACCACAACAAGA